AUGGGAGGUGGCGGCAAGAUUCCCUACCCGAAACACGUUUGGUCGCCGUCUGGUGGCUGGUACGCGCAGCCCCACAACUGGAGAGCCAACACCCUGGUCGCCGGGCUGGUCGUCAUUGGCAUUACGGGCGCAGCAUGGAAGCUCAGCGCGGAGCGAGAAGUCAGAUACAAGAUGCCAGAGCCCGACGCAUUCUUCCCGAGUCGAUACUGGAGCAGACAGGUCAUCGAGUACGAGAAGGCGCAGAAAUCCAAAUCAUCAUGA